AAAGAAGACCAGUGGAUGGGUGUAACUGUCCAAAGUCAGGGGCCAGGAGGAAAGGUGGUGACAUGUGCACAUCGCUAUGAGAAAAGGCAAUAUGUAAACACAGUUCAGGAAUCUCGUGAUAUCAUUGGAAGGUGCUACCUGCUGAGUCAGGAUCUCACUAUUAAGGAUCCUAAGGAUGAUGAGUCUGCUAUGGAUGGUGGAGAAUGGAGUUUUUGUGAUGGCCGACUGAGGGGCCAUGAGAAAUUUGGUUCAUGUCAGCAAGGUGUAGCUGCUACUUUUACUAGAGACUAUCAUUAUGUUGUAUUUGGUGCACCAGGAACUUAUAACUGGAAAGGGGUGGUUCGUGCAGAGCAAAAGAAUCAAACAUUUUAUGCUUUGGAUAUCUUUGAUGAUGGGCCUUAUGAAGUUGGUAGUGAGAGUCGCCGAGCUGAGAAUCUAGUUCCUGUUCCAGCUAACAGUUAUUUAGGUCUUCUGUUUUUGACAAGUGUGUCUGAUACUGAUCCUGAUCAGUUUGUAUACAAAACAUUGCCUCCCAAUGUAAGGGUGGACAAAUCCACUGGUGUGAUGAUGAAUAGCUACCUAGGUUUCUCUUUGGACACUGGUAAAGGUAUCGUUUCCCAAGAAGAGACAACUUUUGUAUCAGGUGCACCAAGAGCCAACCACAGUGGAGCUGUAGUUCUGCUGAAAAAAGAUACCCAAAUUCCGAGAGCACUCUCGCUUGUGCAUAUAUUUGAAGGAGAAGGGCUGGCCUCUUCUUUUGGCUAUGAUGUUGCAGUUGUGGACCUCAACAAUGAUGGUUGGCAAGAUAUUGUUGUUGGAGCCCCACAGUAUUUUGACCGAGACGGAGAAAUUGGGGGUGCUGUGUACAUCUACAUUAACCAACAAGGCAAAUGGGAAGGGGUAAAGCCAAUUCGUCUCAAUGGAACCACUGAUUCUAUGUUUGGUAUUGCAGUUGAAAAUAUUGGUGAUAUUAAUCAAGAUGGAUUCCCAGAUAUUGCAGUGGGGGCACCAUAUGAUGAUUUUGGCAAGGUGUUCAUAUAUCAUGGAUCCAAGAAUGGAAUAAAUACAAAGCCAGCACAGGUAAUUAAACACCCUGUUCAAUAUUUUGGUUAUUCUAUUACUGGAAAUAUGGAUCUCGAUAGAAACUCCUACCCUGAUAUUGCUGUUGGGUCACUUUCAGAUUCUGUCUCUGUUUACAGAUCUCGGCCUGUUAUAAGCAUUAAGAAAACCAUCAAGAUAUCUCCUGACAAAAUUGACCUGAACAGAAAGACCUGUUUGGAACCCAGUGGAAUCUGCAUGGCUGUUGAAGCAUGUUUUGAAUAUAUUGCUAACCCCAAGGACUUCAAUCCAAAAAUAAAACUUAACUAUACUUUUGAAGCAGAAAAUGACAGGAGGCGGUUAGGCCUGCCAUCUCGAGUUCAGUUUUCUGAGCAUCUGUCUGAUCAGUUCAUUGGAAGUAUAAUUCUAGGAGGACAGAAUAGAAAAGAAUGUGUGACAACCUCUCUUGUGAUGCAGGAAAAUAUCAAAGAUAAACUACGUCCCAUUCCUGUAUCGGUUGGCGUUAAAAUCAGCGGCUCAGAAUCCAAUUUACCAUCAAAGAGAAGACAAGGAAGAUCACUUCCAGAUCUUGUUCCAAUUCUAAAUUCAAAUGAACCAGAAACAGUGAACUCAGAAGUGCAGUUCUUAAAAGAAGGAUGUGGAGAGGACAACAUAUGUAAUAGCAACCUAAAACUUCAAUACAGAUUCUGUACCAGAGAAGGAAAUGAAGGCAGAUUUGCUUAUUUACCAAUUGAGAACAAUGUUCCGGUGCUUGUCCUCAAAGAUCAGAAGGAUAUUGCGCUAGAAAUAACUGUGACAAAUAAUCCAUCAGAUGCAAAAAAUCUCCAAAAAGAUGGUGAAGAUGCCCAUGAAGCUAAACUAGUUGCAACUUUUCCAGAUAGCUUGACCUACUCUUCUUUCAGAGAGCUGAGGGCUUAUCCUGAAAAACAAUUAACUUGUGGUGCCAAUCAAAAUGGUUCUGAAGCAGUGUGUGAACUUGGAAAUCCUUUCAAGAGAAAUUCCAAUGUAACCUUUUAUCUGAUUUUAAGUACAACUAAAGUUAACGUUGACACAACUGAUUUGGAUGUUAAUCUGAAGUUGGAAACAACAAGCAAUCAAGUUAAUUUGGCUCCAAUUACUGCUACUGCUAAAGUGGUUAUUGAAUUGCUUUUGUCACUCACUGGAGUUGCUAAGCCUUCCCAGGUGUACUUUGGAGGUAAUGUAAUCGGUGAGAGUGCUAUGGAAUCUGAAGAUGAUGUUGGAAAUGUAAUAGAAUAUGAAUUCAGAAUAACUAACUUGGGUAGACCACUUAAAACAUUUGGCACAGCUUCCUUGGACAUCCAGUGGCCAAAAGAAAUCAACAAUGGCAAAUGGCUGCUUUAUUUGAUGAAAGUAGACUCCAAAGAAUUGGCGAAAAUCCCUUGUGAACCUAAAAAUGAAAUAAACUUUUUGCGACUUAAGGAGUCCCAUAGGUCAAGAAGGAAACGUGAAGUUGAAGAGAAGCAGACUAAUAAUGGCAAAAAAAUGUCUUUAUUUUCAGAAAGAAAAUAUAAGACCCUGGACUGUAAUGUGAAUGUACGCUGUGUGAAUAUAAAAUGUCCCUUGCAAGGCUUGGACAGAACGGCAUUGGUUGUACUGCGUUCAAGAUUGUGGAAUAGUACUUUCCUAGAGGAAUAUUCUACGCUGAACUAUCUAGAUAUCCUUGUUAGGGCUAAAAUCAGUGUUCCUGCUGCAGCUGAAAACAUUAAGCUCACAAAUGAAGCUGCUCAAGUGCGACUUACUGUCUUUCCUGCAAAGACAGUAGCACUUCAUACAGGAGUGCCUUGGUGGAUCAUCUUGGUGGCUAUUCUUGCUGGAAUACUGAUGCUCGCACUGUUGGUGUUUUUACUAUGGAAGUGUGGAUUCUUCCAGCGCUCCAGGUACGAUGACAGUGUCCCCCGAUACCAUGCUGUAAGAAUUCGGAAGGAGGAGCGACAGAUCAAAGAUGGGAAACAUAAAGAGAAUCUUGAGAAAAAACAAUGGAUUACAAAAUGGAAUGAAAAUGAAAGUUACUCAUAGGGAAAAAUUUCCCCCUCAACUCCAAAUUCAGAUUUUAAUAUUUCUUCAUUCAUGGAAUACUGAUGGACUCAGACCUACAUUCAAUAUGGACCUAUAUUUUUGAUUGUAGAUAUUUUUACUUAUAUUGAAGCUUUUGUUUUGCACAGCUAAUUUUUAAGAUUGCUUGACUGAUUUAUCUGCAUUAUUUAAACUUCCAGAUAGUCAGAGACAAGAGACAAAAUUGGUGCAUUGAACUGAGCAUUCUAUGAAAUAUGCACAUUUAGUUUAUAAUGAUGUCACAAAAGGUCCUUUUCUAUGUGCAAGGAAUGCAGGAGCUGGUCCCAAAUAUAUUUUCCAAACUUCUAUCACAAUAUGCAAUCUAUUAUAAACACACUGUAGCCUUGACACACUUUAUUCAAAUAGAAUUUGGGGAAUCUGUGAAUGUGCUAUUCUAGUUA